GAGAGCCCCCGCCCUGGGAGGAAGGGGAGGAGGCCGAGUGUUUCCUGGCGCAUUCCCGGCCCGCCCGAGUGACUCACUCGGGCUGGAAACUCCCAGAACCCGCCCGGGACCCCCGAGCCGCCGCCGCCGCGGACCCAGCCGAGGAUGGCGGCCCAGGUGACACUGGAGGACGCACUGUCCAACGUGGACCUCCUGGAGGAGCUGCCCUUGCCCGACCAGCAGCCCUGCAUUGAGCCCCCGCCGUCCUCGCUACUCUACCAGCCAAAUUUCAACACUAACUUUGAAGACAGAAAUGCAUUUGUCACUGGCAUCGCGAGAUACAUCGAACAAGCAACCGUCCAUUCUAGCAUGAACGAGAUGCUAGAGGAAGGCCAAGAGUAUGCUGUCAUGUUGUACACUUGGAGGAGCUGCUCCCGGGCCAUCCCGCAGGUGAAAUGUAAUGAGCAGCCUAAUAGAGUGGAAAUUUAUGAGAAAACUGUGGAAGUCCUUGAGCCUGAGGUCACAAAACUGAUGAAUUUUAUGUAUUUCCAGAGAAAUGCCAUUGAGCGUUUCUGUGGGGAGGUGAGACGCCUGUGUCACGCUGAGAGGAGGAAGGACUUCGUGUCGGAAGCCUAUCUGAUCACGCUGGGCAAAUUCAUCAACAUGUUUGCUGUGCUAGAUGAGCUGAAAAACAUGAAGUGCAGUGUGAAGAAUGACCACUCAGCAUACAAGAGGGCUGCCCAAUUUUUACGUAAAAUGGCGGAUCCGCAGUCCAUCCAGGAAUCGCAGAAUCUGUCCAUGUUUCUGGCCAACCAUAACAAGAUCACACAAUCUCUCCAGCAGCAGCUCGAAGUGAUUUCUGGCUAUGAAGAGCUCCUGGCAGACAUCGUGAAUCUGUGCGUGGAUUACUACGAGAAUAGGAUGUACUUGACGCCAAGUGAGAAACACAUGCUUCUCAAAGUCAUGGGAUUUGGUCUGUACCUGAUGGAUGGGAGCGUCAGUAACAUCUAUAAACUGGACGCCAAGAAAAGAAUAAACUUAUCAAAAAUUGACAAGUACUUCAAGCAGCUCCAGGUGGUUCCGUUGUUCGGGGACAUGCAAAUAGAACUGGCAAGAUACAUCAAAACCAGCGCCCACUAUGAGGAAAAUAAAUCUCGAUGGAUGUGCACGUCCUCAAGCAGCAGCCCGCAGUACAACAUCUGCGAGCAGAUGAUCCAGAUCCGCGAGGACCACAUGCGCUUCAUCUCUGAGCUGGCACGCUAUAGCAACAGUGAGGUGGUCACGGGGUCGGGCCGCCAGGAGGCCCAGAAGACGGACUCGGAGUACCGCAAGCUCUUCGACCUGGCCCUGCAGGGCCUGCAGCUCCUGUCGCAGUGGAGCGCUCACGUGAUGGAAGUGUAUUCAUGGAAACUCGUGCACCCCACUGACAAGUACUCCAACAAGGACUGCCCCGACAACGCUGAGGAGUAUGAGCGUGCCACACGCUACAACUACACCAGCGAGGAGAAGUUUGCCUUGGUGGAGGUGAUUGCCAUGAUCAAGGGCCUGCAGGUGUUGAUGGGCAGGAUGGAGAGCGUGUUCAAUCAUGCCAUCCGGCACACCGUCUACGCCGCACUACAGGACUUUGCGCAGGUGACCCUCAGGGAGCCGCUGCGGCAGGCCAUCAAGAAGAAGAAGAACGUCAUCCAGAGUGUCCUGCAGGCCAUCAGGAAGACCGUGUGUGACUGGGAGACAGGGCAUGAGCCCUUCAACGACCCGGCACUGCGGGGCGAGAAGGACCCCAAGAGUGGCUUUGACAUCAAAGUGCCGCGGCGCGCCGUGGGACCUUCCAGCACACAGCUCUACCUGGUGCGCACCAUGGCCGAGUCCUUGAGCUCUGCCGAGCUGCUGAGGCAGCUCAAGUCUCUGGGCAUGGAAAGGCUCUUGCAUGUGGUAAACGCGUUUCUGAGGCAGUCGUACACCUACCCACCUCUUUUAACCUUUGGUGGUAAGACAUCGUUUGUUUUUCUUGUUGACGUUUACGGCACGGAGGCGAACUGCUCCGCUACAAGUUCUUUCCCCCAAACAGCAGCAACGUGGCCACUUAGGUGGGUGCCAGAUCUCGGGGGGCCAGCACGGCGUGGGCCGGGGCCUGGCUCUGGCCAGGGCAUAGCGGAGCAGUCCUUCUCUUACUGUUUUCCUGAGUUUGGCGUAACUAAUGCACCGUGUAUAUUUUCUCCCCCACAAAUGUUUCCUUGGAUAAUCCAGCUUUACAUGGUGAGAACCAUGCUAGAGUCCCUCAUUGCAGACAAAAGUGGUUCCAAGAAAACCUUGAGAAGUAGCCUUGAGGGGCCCACCAUAUUGGACAUAGAAAAAUUUCAUCGAGAGUCAUUCUUCUACACCCACUUGAUAAAUUUCAGUGAAACGCUGCAGCAGUGCUGUGACCUUUCGCAGUUGUGGUUCCGAGAGUUCUUCCUGGAGCUGACCAUGGGCAGGAGGAUCCAGUUUCCCAUCGAGAUGUCGAUGCCCUGGAUCCUGACGGAUCACAUCCUGGAGACCAAGGAGGCAUCGAUGAUGGAGUACGUCCUCUACUCCCUGGACCUGUACAAUGACAGCGCCCACUAUGCGCUCACCAGGUUCAACAAGCAGUUCCUGUACGACGAAAUCGAGGCAGAGGUGAAUCUAUGUUUUGACCAAUUUGUUUACAAGCUAGCAGACCAGAUAUUUGCAUAUUAUAAGGUUAUGGCAGGAAGGCUGCUGGGGCAGGUGUGGCCCAGAGGGGUCGGCCCUUCUCCAGGAGCCCAAAAGCCAGAGCUUAGAAAGAAUGAAGUUUUUGAGUUUACUCUUUCCCUGCCAUCCCUCCCUCCUGCCUCCCCCCAGCUCCUGGGGAGGUCGAUAGACCUCAAUCGUCUGAUCACUCAGCGGGUUUCGGCAGCCAUGUAUAAGUCCCUGGAACUGGCGAUUGGACGGUUUGAAAGUGAAGACUUGACGUCAAUAGUUGAGCUGGACGGCCUCUUAGAAAUCAACCGCAUGACCCAUAAGCUGCUGAGCCGGUACCUGACGCUGGACAGCUUUGAUGCCAUGUUCCGGGAGGCCAACCACAACGUGUCCGCGCCCUACGGGAGGAUCACCCUCCACGUCUUCUGGGAGCUCAACUAUGACUUCCUGCCCAACUACUGCUACAAUGGCUCCACCAACCGGUUUGUUCGGACAGUAUUGCCAUUUUCUCAGGAAUUUCAAAGAGACAAGCAGCCUAAUGCGCAACCCCAGUAUUUGCAUGGAUCCAAGGCUCUGAACCUGGCCUACUCCAGCAUUUACGGCAGCUACCGGAACUUCGUGGGGCCUCCGCACUUUCAAGUUAUCUGCAGGCUGCUGGGCUAUCAGGGCAUCGCCGUGGUCAUGGAGGAGCUGCUGAAGGUCGUCAAGAGCCUGCUGCAAGGCACGAUCCUGCAGUACGUGAAGACGCUGAUGGAGGUGAUGCCCAAGAUCUGUCGCCUGCCCCGGCACGAGUAUGGCUCUCCUGGCAUCCUGGAGUUCUUCCACCACCAGCUGAAGGACAUCGUGGAGUACGCAGAGCUGAAGACGGUGUGCUUCCAGAACCUACGGGAGGUGGGGAAUGCCGUCCUCUUCUGCCUGCUCAUUGAGCAGAGCCUGUCUUUAGAAGAAGUGUGUGACCUGUUGCACGCAGCUCCUUUCCAGAACAUCUUGCCACGAGUCCAUGUGAAAGAGGGGGAGAGACUUGAUGCCAAAAUGAAAAGACUCGAAUCAAAGUACGCCCCGCUGCAUCUUGUUCCGCUGAUCGAAAGGCUCGGGACCCCUCAGCAAAUUGCCAUCGCCAGAGAGGGGGACUUGCUGACAAAGGAACGUCUCUGCUGUGGUCUGUCUAUGUUCGAAGUAAUCUUGACGCGGAUUCGGACCUUCCUGGAUGACCCCAUCUGGCGUGGGCCUCUGCCCAGCAACGGGGUCAUGCAUGUGGACGAGUGUGUCGAGUUUCACAGACUGUGGAGUGCCAUGCAGUUUGUGUACUGCAUCCCUGUGGGGACACACGAGUUCACAGUCGAGCAGUGCUUUGGUGACGGGCUGCACUGGGCUGGCUGUAUGAUCAUUGUACUUCUCGGGCAACAGCGGCGUUUUGCUGUACUGGAUUUCUGCUACCAUCUACUUAAAGUUCAGAAACAUGAUGGCAAAGAUGAGAUUAUCAAAAAUGUGCCUUUGAAGAAGAUGGUGGAGAGAAUUCGCAAGUUCCAGAUUCUCAAUGAUGAGAUCAUCACCAUCCUGGACAAGUACCUGAAGUCAGGGGAUGGGGAGAGCACACCUGUGGAGCAUGUGCGCUGCUUCCAGCCACCCAUCCACCAGUCUCUGGCCAGCAGCUGAGGGCACCUGCCUGGGCCGAGGGCAUUUGGUAACUCUAAUGGCAUGUUUUUCGUUCUGUAAACUAUUUAGUGAGAUUUUUAGGGACUAUUUUUCAGUAUCUCUGUACCUGUUAAAGGGGGUGCUUCUUAAUUUUAUAAAAUUGACUUAUUUUUCUAGACUAAGAUUGUAUAUUGCUUUUGGUAACUAGGAAGUCUGAGAAUACUGGCUGCUGGUUGUUGCCAUUGUGUUCUUACAAAAUUAUUCUCAGUUUUUCUACGGAAUGUUCUAGCAGCUGUCAUAAAAUGCUGCUGAGUGCAUUCAUUUAUCUCUUCUUACAAAACUUAAUACCAGCUAAUGUAUUAAAAUUCUUUACCAAUUACCAUUAAUGAUUAACUAUUUAGCUUUUGUUUAGGGAUUUUUCUGAUGGUCUUUUAUGAACAAUCUUUUCUAAGUCAUUGUUCCCCUCCCUUUUUUGUGGCAGUGUUUCAGAAAAUAGUGAACUUGAUUUAUCUGCUUCUACUAAAUCCAGUUGUGACAAAAUCUAAUUUGUGAGGUAUGACUUAAAUAAAACUAAUGAAAUUUAUUUUUGCUCAUUCCUUCACUCUACAACCCUGUGUGCAGCUUGGCUUGGGCUAGGUACUCUAAUUAUCUGAGCUCAUAGGCUGGGCCCAGGUCAGAGUCCAGGGCACCUCCAGGGUUACAAGGUAGGACAAGAUUGUGCUAUUCAGCACACGGCUUUUCUUGCCUGCACACGUGGUUAGCUUUAUAUUUAGGUUUCCACAGGCAAAUGAGAUGUAAAACAGCAGUUGUGCCGGCCACUCCAGCACAGGAGAGCUCUAAGUGCCUCUAUGUUACAAGUGACUUGGAGAGGCUGGCAGCUUGGGAGAAGGAGACUGACCUGGGACAGCAGGUGAUGCACAAAAGGGACACAGGAGAAUUUGAGUCCCAUCCCUAACAGCCCUCAGCUGGCCUUCCCAACUACUGGGUGAAUUGAAUUGCUUCAUGUGGCUGGAGUUAGUUCAUGUGAUCUGUCAAAAUGAAAGAUAAUCAGAGUCUAGUAUACUAUUAGAGUCAUAGAAAUGGAUAAGAAUUGAGAAACUAAAGCCAAAUUUUAAAGUAUUAAGGCAACAAGUUUCUGAAAAUCCUAAUCGAAUGGAAAAAAGUGUCUAUUGUAAGUAAAUAAUACAGACAAAUACAAGACUAACAUUAUUAAGCGAACUUAUUUUACAUCUUAACCUGGCAGUCAUUUUACAUAGAGUGUCACAAAAUUCAGCAAUGCUAAAAUUUUCUAUGGAUGCCAUAUUGCCAUAAAAAGUAGUACCUUCCUAUGCCUUUGGAAACUUAACACCGAAGUCUAGGAGCAUCAAGCAUGGCACAGAAAGCAUAUGAACUGUUGUACUGUUGACCCUGAGUUACAUGAAGUUUAACAGAACUGUUGUUUAUAAAGUUAACUAAAGAUGUUGCUUUUGGUAAUGUGAAUUAACCCUGGGGCCAGCACUGUGCUACAGAUUAAGAGGUGAUAUCCGUGCUCACCCUAUAAAGUACAGAAUAUAAUGAAAAAUUACUGUAAUUAGUAACUGUAUUAUCAAGUUUUAUAAGACAAUUAUAUACCAAAUAAAAUGAAUACUUACGUAUACGAUAAAGUACUAUAAAAUGUUAAUAAGAGUUUAUUAGUUUUACUUAACCUAUGCAUUCUCAGUGAUGGUCCUGCCACCCCCAAGGGAGUGAAAAUUGGUUCUUUUAUGUACAAAGCACAGAUACAGUACAUAAAUAUAUAGUAUAUC